AAGUAGACACACACAGCUAGCCCUCCAUUUAUGGUCUAAGCAUUAUAUAUAAAGAGGCCUUCCUCGAGUCGUUUCUUCAAGAAUUCCUUCCUACUCCAUUCUCUUAUUUAAUUCAAACUCACUACCUUUUCCAUUUUUCUAAUUAAGAAAAGAAAAGAUGAGCAGGCCAGGAGAUUGGAACUGCAGGUCGUGCCAACACCUAAACUUCCAAAGGAGGGACUCCUGCCAACGCUGCGGGGAAUUCCGGUCGGGUGAUCACUUCGGUAGCUACGGUGGUGGGAGGGGUGGCUCCUCCUUUGGAUUCACCACCGGCUCCGACGUCCGACCUGGUGAUUGGUACUGCACUGCGGGAAACUGCGGUACCCACAAUUUCGCCAGUCGUUCCAGCUGCUUCAAAUGUGGUGCAUUCAAGGACGAAUCUGCCGGAGGUUUCGACAGCGACGUUCCGCGUUCUAGAGGAUUUGGCGGCGGUAAUCGAUCCAGCUGGAAAUCCGGCGACUGGAUAUGUACCAGGUCGGGAUGCAAUGAGCACAACUUUGCUAGCCGAAUGGAAUGUUUCAGAUGCAGUGCCCCAAGAGACUUCACAGCUAGAACUUCAUACUAAAUACAAGAUAUCCAGUUUUGGGUGUUGCAAACCAAGAGAGACUCAAAUGAGAGAAGAAUAUUACUGCUUUUGUUUUUCCUGUUUAAUAUAUUGCUUUGGGGGUGUGCUACAAGGGUGAAGAAAACAGGGUGUAAAACCCCUUUGUUUGAUCAUCACUACAACCCAUUUGUCCCUUAAUUAAAUUAAUUAAUUAUUUAGCAUUUUCUCAUGUUUUCCCCCAUAAAAAUUACGACAGUCCGGUAAUUUUUGUGAUGAUGAUGCUUUCUGUUGUAUUUUUUUUUUUUCUAUUUUUAUUAUUAUCAGAGAGAGUUUAUUAAUUUAUAUUUGUAAUGCAUGGUGCUUGGCUUUCUUAAAAGAAGAUGAUUCUCUUCUCUUU